GGUGGUACAUUAAAAUAUUAUUCAGUCUUAGUGUGAAAUUGAAAAAAAUGUAUUUGGUGCAAGCUCUGAAGUCUUUUGGGUAACCAGUAUUAAAUCUGCGGCAAGUUACUUGACAUUUUUCUCCGCAGGCUUUUCUGAAGGAAGAUACUGCUAUAAUUCAACUUGUUAUAUUUGAUGAUCUGAUUGGAUGCAUCGUUUAUCUACUGUUCUCCAGUUUUGAAACUCGUUUGUUUGGAUCAGGUUCGGUUAGAGGUAUGCCUUAAAAGCAUAGCAUAUUUAGUGCCUUAUCAUCAUGAAGGUUGGUAUUUAUUAAAGCUACAAAAUGAGUAGAGAAGAAAAAAGAAAGGAGCAUGACAUGUCAAGCAUUUUUUAGUAGUACUGUUGUCUGGAUAGGAAGACACCUGUGACAGGAAGGUAGUGGUGUUUACCCACUUUGUCAGGGUCCUUUCCCUGCCUGACAUUUUCUUUUGUUUUUCCAGGCGACAACAGGAAGCAGAAUUGAAACUAAUAGAAGAAGAAACUGCAAAAAGAGUAGAAGAGGCAAUUCAGAAAAAGGUUGAAGAGAGCUUGAGUUCAGAAGAAAUCAAGAUGGAAAUUCAGAAGCGAUUGGAGGAAGGUCGAAAGAGACUUCUUGAUGAAGUUGCAGUUCAACUGGAGAAAGAGAAGGAAGCUGCUCUUAUUGAAGCUAGAAGAAAGGAGGAACAAGCACGAAAAGAAAAAGAAGAGCUAGAAAGAAUGCUUGAGGAGAACAGGAGGAAGGUGGAAGAAGCUCAAAGAAGGGAAGCAAUGGAGCAGCAACGGAGAGAGGAGGAACGUUAUCGGGAGUUGGAGGAGCUUCAGAGACAAAAAGAAGAAGCCAUGAGGAGAAAGAAGCAGCAAGAGGAGGAAGAACGACAAAAUCAGAUGAAAUUGUUAGGAAAGAAUAAGAUGCGGCCAAAGUUAUCGUUUGCUCUUGGCUCUAAGUGACCAGUUGACUGUAAGCUAAUUCCUCAUAAAUUAUUGUGCCUGCGAUGGCCCUCUGCAUUUCUAAUUUGAGGAAAUUGUAUCAGUUAGUAAAAGAUUUUGGAGUUGUAUAAUGCUUUCUUUCUGAAUGUAGUCCAUAGCCAUCUAGGUUUGGAGAAUGCUUGAAUGGAACAAUGGGUGUAGAACUUUUCGCAAUUUCAAAAAGCUUGAGGUGCGUUCAGCGAAGUAAUCAAUGAAGCUUGAGUCUGAAUCAGGCUAUGGGCUCAAGAUUUCAGAGUUGGGUAGCUUGUCGUAUCAACUAGGCAACCCGACGCUGGAUCUAAAAUGGGUCGCAUCUCAUCAUAAGCAUAAUAGCUGGGCUAGGCCUAACGUCUGUCAUUAUUUCUUAGUUUUCGUCUUUUCAAUAUAGGAAUAGAGUUGCA